AUGACCUACUCUCAAUUCGCCGAGCGGACACCUUUGCGACAAUUCGAAAUUCGCGCCAGUGAUGGCAGCCUUUUUGUGAAUGCGCAUUACAUCUCCGAGUUGAGCCCCUAUUUUUACAGGUGUUGUUUCGACGUGCGAUUCAAAGAGUGCCGCGAGGGUUUCGUUUUGAUACCAGACGUGGUUGUGGAUGACCUCUCGGCGAUGCUUGAGUUUAUUUGCCCCGAUGAGAAUUUCGAGUUAAAGAGAGAUGUCAAUGAUGAUAAUGUUUGCCAGCUUCUUAACUGUGCUUACCGUUUUGAUGUGGCCUUGAUUAAACAGGAAUUAGAUGAUUUUCUUGAAAAGGAAAUUUUGAAGAAAGACAUGAAAAUCGAGACAAUCAUCAAUUUGUUGCUUGUAGCAGAGAAUUAUCCAAUCAGGGACAAGAUGCGAGAGCAAAUUCACCGAAAACUCGGCUCGUUUGGGGCAACAAAAAUCAAUGAGGCGACCAAAGACUUGCCCAAUGCUACGCGGACGAAAUUUCGAAGGAAUGUUGAGAGAUAUGUGGUUCUCAUCCCGAAAUUGUUACACGAUUUCGCUGCGUUGAUCUACUUGCAAAAAUUCAUGAUUGAGCGAAUGAUUAGUAAUGAUGAGAGGAAAGAGGACGUUCAGACGUUCAAUCAACUCACU